AUGCGUCCUGCACCAUGCAGCUUCUCAUGGAGCGCAGUGCCAGGCCAAGGCUAUCUCAGACCAGCGACCCCCACACCGGUUGGUCACGCGGCUCACACAGCAGCUGCGGCGACCUGCGCGGUGCUUUGUGCUGCACAGCGUGCUCGCGCGUCCCGUGCCAAGGUUACGGGCGCGAGGGCUGUUCGGGGCCUUGGCCAAGACGAGCCAAGCGAAGGCCAAGAGGAGGGCUGGCGCCGCGUGCUGCUGGGAGAGGCAGAGGUCCCAGGCCCUGUCGGGCAGCAGCUGCGGAUGGCCGCAGAGGAUUUGGAGCUGCGAUCGUUGCUGCGGGCGUCGCCGGAGCUGGUGGACACGGUCCUGCGGAACAUCAUGGCAGCAACAGAGGCGAGAGCAGAGAGCGCGAAGAGCGCGGAGAGCGCGGAGAGCGCCGAGGAGAGCGACAGCACUGGUGGCCUGCGGCUCCCGAGCUUCUUGGACUUCAGCAGCCAAAGUGCUGCUAGCGAUGCCGAGGGGGUGGGCGAGGAAGCCGGCGAAGUUGAGGCCGGUGACAGUCACAGCACGGCGCUGUCUGAGAGGCUGCAGAAAAAGGAGGAGGCUGAUGGGCUGAAGGCAAGGGCCUCCGAAGAUGGAGCUGAGUUGGACGGAGCAACGCAAUCGGAAUCAAGCAAACAACAAAUGCCGGGCGCUGGCACUGUGGAAGAGGCACUCCAAGACCUGGACUCGCUCGACGUGGGGCCCAGCUUGGAGUCAGAUGAUCUCGAUGCCCUGGAGGCAGAAAGGCUGGCAAUGUCAGGCGGGUCGCUCGCAGGGAUGGAAGCUGGGCAGGAGAGAGUAGUGGAAGACUGGGAAGACUUGAUUGCCUACCGCGAACUGCUGGGUCGAUUGCCCGAGUUGAAGGCACUUGUUCGCAAGAUGGGGAGAAAAGCUGGCUUGGACUCGCCGAUGCAGUUUGAGCAGGCCGAGCGGGAGAGCAAGGCAGGCCAGGGCAUCGUGCGGUCGCCGCUGCUGCCGGCGGAGACGACGGGCAUCUCGCGGUCCGGGGAUUUGCUGCUGCCCAGCGAGCUCUCGCUACUGGCCUACGCCAACGCGCCAGACCGCAGAAACGCCGCCGGGGCCCGGGCACUGCACCGCCUGCGGCGCGCCGAGGGCACGCUGCUGUGCUACGAGCGCAGCGCCUGGGAGGAGGAGGACGCGGAUCGCCUGCGCUGGCGCGAGUGGCGGCCGGGCGCAGAGCGGGGGCCGCUGCUUUGUUGCGUGGACACCUCCCGCAGCAUGGCGGGGCGGCCGGAGGCCAUAGCCAAGGCUGCGGUCCUGGAGGUGCUGACGCUGGCACAGGCAGAGAAGCGGCCCUGCUACGUGAACUUCUUCUCUGGACCGUCAGAGCUGGCGGAGCUGGAGGUCGUGGGUCGGACGCCCAACUGGACAGAGGUCCUGGCGUUCUUUUCUCGCUCUUUCCGGGGCGGCACGGACCUGGAAGCGCCCCUGGCGGCGAGCGCGGCACGCCUGGAGGGCAGAGGGAGGUCAUCUCCCUGGCAGCGGGCAGAUCUGCUGCUGGUCACAGACGGAAAGAUUACGCUGCCCUCACAACCAUUGAUGGAGCGCUUGGAGUCCUUGCGUGGCCAGGGCCUGCGGCUCUUUGGAUUGGCGGUGCAGGAGGAGGACUGCGGCCUGGAAAGCCUCACGGAGAUUUGCGACGAGGUGCAUCGCUUCGAGGCCCUCGGCCGCAUCCCACGGCUCUGGCGGCAGAGCAAAAUGCGACGGGCGGAACGCCCGCGUUCGGGAACUCCCCCGCGGUUUUGCUUUUGGCCUCGCAAGGCGCAGCCGCUGCUGGGCGGUCCAGCAGGAUCACCACAGCAAGGUCGUGAAGCGAUGGAUAGAGGAACUCGUCAUAGGCCAGGGCUUCUGCCCAUGGGCCUCGCCCGCUGA